AUGUUUCAACUUCCAACUUCUCUGGGCGUGGGCCGCUGCGUGGGCCGCUGCGUGGGCCGCUGCGUGGGCCGCUGCGUGGGCACAGGCACGUACUACUACACCUACAGCUAUGUCACCGUGGGGGAGUUCGUGGCCUUCUUCAUCGGCUGGAACCUGAUUCUGGAGUAUUUGAUCGGGACGGCAGCCGGGGCCUCGGCGCUCAGCAGCAUGUUCGAUUCUCUGGCCAAUCACACACCGUCAGCCACUACAUCAUCACUCACCUGGGGGCUCUGCGGGGCCUGGUGGCUCGUAAAUCACAUCUCUCUGCUCUCCGCGGCCCCUGCCUGUUUAUUCAGCCUUGGCCCCUUGGUCUGGUUCCUACAGCUCGGCGGACACAUCCCCAGGCAGAAUAUCCUCCGAGGUCAGCUCAAACAGGACGUGUCGAGUGCCCUGUGCCAAAGACUGACAGAUUCUGCAGCGGCCCCCAAACGACGAGCGAGAAAGUUGCUGCGUGCUGAUUGGCCGCUCCGACUCUGGCUCCUUGCUUGUUGUGGCCGUGCGGCUCGGAAUAGUUCUGCUUUGGUUAAUCUGCUCAGCAACCGCGGCUCGCAUCCACCAUCUCACCCACGGAGAUGCCAGAAAGUUAGCACCGGCGAGAGUUUAGCAGCCAGGCCCAGGCACGAACAAGAGGAGGAGGAGAAUGAGGUUGGGAUCUAG